UUCUAGUCAGGGGUCACUGGACUUGCAGCGCUUCUGUAUAAAGACGCAGUCAGAAAAGUUAUCCGCCACUGCUUUUAUUCCAAAGUUAUUAGCUGUUUGGUAUCAUUAUAUUGUUUUUUGUUUGUUUGUAUCCGUACAUUUCAUACAAACUGAAGAGGUUUUGCAGUGAGCAACCAAAGCGAUGGACCAGAAAACAGGAAUAGAAAAGAAAGGUCAGGCAGAGGAGAGAGUGAGGAGAAUCUCUUCAGAUCUAGGCUGUGAGAGUUUGGGCUUGAAGUGAGCGGAGAAUAUCACAGAGCUUUGCAAAAGGAAUAAGAUCAAGAAACCAUACUCAACCAGUGGGUCUGUGGAAAUGCCUGUGGGGUCUGUGGAUAUGACAGAAUUCAUGAAUGCAGCCAGUCAAGGCAAGCUGAAUACAAUAGACAAGUAUCUGGCAGAUGGUGGGAAUCCUGAUGUUCAUGAUGAGUUAAAGAGGACAGCACUACAUCGGGCCUCUAUGGAAAGACACACUGCAGUGAUCCAAAUGCUUCUAGAAAACGGAGCUGAUAUCAACUUCAAAGAUCAACUGGGCUCCUGGGCCACACACUGGGCCUGCAGGGGAGGAAGCCUGGACGUUGUUAAAGCUCUGAAGAGCCAUGGGACUGACCUGAAUGUUAGAGAUAAGUUGUAUAGCACUCCUUUGCAUGUGGCCACAAGAACAGGCAACACGAUCAUUGUGGAGUAUCUGCUGGCCUGUGGUGUCAAGAUCAAUUCCUGGGACAGGGAAGGGGACAUGGCCAUGCAUGAUGCAGUGCGGCUCAACAGUUACAAAAUAGCGAAACUGCUCAUAGCUGCAGGAGCUGACACAAACAUAAAAAAUCAUGAGGGAGUGACUGCAGUCCAGCAGGUAAGACAAUGGCAGUUUCACAUCAUGGAGACCCUGCAGAAUCUGAUGCCACCUGACAACACCUCAAGAGAGGAGUGACAACUAUUCUUUAUAACCUCACUUUAUAUCUGUCUCAGGUUCAAUAUUCAUUCUGUAAGUCCACUAUGGGAUCAGAGCACAUCAUGCUUGAGUAUAUGCAUCAUCCUAUAGGAAUGAACAGAUGUGAGGUGCACUCACCAACAAAAUCUGCCUUUCCAGGGCACGGCUGUUAAGUCUCUGAGAUUAGUCUGAACUGUGACACUAGAAAAUGUCAGCUUGCAUGUGACUGAUUCAAGAUGAUCUUAAGAAGUAGAAAAACAUAUGAAUGAGAAAACAAUUGAAUUUCUCAUACCUUAUGCCAAGCUUUGGCUUUUGAUAAUUACUUUCACAGAGAUUUAUGAUCUGAGGAGCACUCUCGUUGAUGUUUCAUGUCUGAUUCAUAAUGCCUUUGUAAGUUGAAUAACAUUAAUAGAUAGUAUUCUGCAUAAGCUGAAUUUAAAUAUACAUCAAGCGACCCUUGUUUUAUAACACACAGUAGCACUGUGUUUGGAGACGUCCGCUGACGAUAGCAGAGAUGGCUGGUAUGCCCCGGCUAAAGUCAGGGAUUCAAGGGGAGUUCAGUGGACAUAUUUUCCUUCUAUCAUCAGUGGCUCAAAUGUUCCUAAGGGAGACUGGUCAUUUACAGUGGGGAAACCAACAGAUUGCUCAUUAUAGUUGUUUAUGUAUACUUAAUCAUUAUGUAUACAGCCAUUCAUUUCAUGUGCACAUUAUGUUUGACAAAUAUUGCCCUACUGCUAUGUGAUUAUAAAAAGCUGUUUUGAAAAGUG